CUUUUGGUCAGAGCAGGUAAUGUAUAUGGUGACAUACAUCAGAAACGAAGAAGGAGGAAUGAUCAUUAUCUUGAUACACAUUAUUAAAUUGAAAGGGAGCAACUAUUUACAGAGAUUGUAAGAAAAAAGAAGGUAUGAUUUCCACAUCGGGAUGAUGCCCAAAACUCACUGCUAAUCAGCUGCUGCCAAACUAUAUUCUUCCGAGGAACCAAUAAAAACACAUUUCUCGAACAUCAAUCUUGGAAUAUCAUGUACUAUGGAGCAGCCACUAAUUGUUGACCCCAGACAAAGACUUGCAAAAUUAAAAUAAUCUUGACCCGCCGCCCCUGUUUUUUGACCACGUGGGCUUCAGUGCCAAAAUUGAUAAAAAAAUAGUAAUAAAUAUGGAAUCAGGUUAACAUGGGCAAAUAGAACUGCAGAAACCUCGGAAGUUUGCUCCAAAGGUAUACCAUGAGUACAGCAAAAUCUCAUCAACUUCAUGUAUUCUUUCUGCCAAUGAUGGCGCCUGGCCAUACUAUCCCAAUGAUAGACAUCGCCAGGCAAUUUGCCAGGAACGGGGCUAAAGCAACCAUUAUUUCAACACCCCUCAAUGCCUCCCACUUCUCUCAAACAAUUGAAAGAGACAGAGAAAAUGGCUUGGAAAUAAGUAUUACCCUCAUCGAAUUCCCCUGCCAGGAAGCAGGGCUGCCGGAGGGCUGCGAAAAUCUUUCCUCCACCACCACCCUGGAAAUGUCCCUGACUUUUUACAGGGCCAUGGAUUUGCUCCAACAACCUGUUGAGAAGCUUUUGCGAGAAAACCAUCCGGAUGCGAUUGUUGCAGGGCUUUUCUUCUGGUGGGCUGAUGAUGUCGCCCGGAAUCUUGGCGUUCCACGACUGCAGUUUAACGGGACUGGUUUCUUCCCCAUGUGCAUUUAUAACGCCCUCAGAGCACACAAACCAUACGAAAACGUUGACUCGGAGUAUGAAGAGUUUGUGGUACCUGGCUUGCCAGACGAGGUAAAAUUGACGAGACGAAAACUCCCGGAGGAGACAAAAGACGAAGAUAAGAGCCCAUUUGCUGAGACAGUGAGAAAGAUAUUGUUAUCACAAUCGAAAAGCUUAGGGAUCAUCAUGAACAGCUUUUAUGAGCUAGAGCCUGCUUAUGCCAGACACUACAGGGAGGUCAUCGGGAGAAAAGCGUGGCACGUCGGUCCUGUUUCGCUUUUCAAUAAGAGCAAUGAGGGAAAAGCUCAUAGAGGGAUGGAAAACUCCUCAGGUGAUGAUAACUGCUUGAGUUGGCUUAACUCCAAGAAACCAAACUCAGUUGUCUAUGUAUGCUUUGGUAGCAUGGCAAUCUUUUCGGCUGCUCAGCUGCUUGAGAUUGCAAAGGGGCUUGAAUCUUCAGGCCAAGAAUUCAUUUGGGUUGUUAGAGAAAAGACGAAGGACGAAAGAAGCGUCGACUGGCUGCCUGAUGGAUUUGAGAGCAGGAUUCAGGGUCGUGGAUUGAUUAUCAAUGGGUGGGCUCCCCAAGUGCUAAUUCUUGAACAUGAAGCAGUGGGAGGAUUUAUCACUCACUGCGGAUGGAACUCAGUGCUUGAAGGAGUGGCGGCCGGAGUGCCCAUGGUGACAUGGCCGCUCUCAGCUGAGCAGUUUUUCAAUGAGAAACUGGUGACGGAGAUUCUGAAGAUGGGAACUCCGGUGGGCGCUCAGGAGUGGACUAAAAGAACAGAUGAUCAUAGAGAGCCUAUAAAGGGAGAUGACAUAGAGAAAGCGGUGGUGAAAUUGAUGGUUGGAGAAGAAGGUGAGAGAAUGAGAAUCCGGGCUAGAGAAUUAGGGGACAUGGCGAAAAGGGCUGUUGAGAAAGGGGGAUCAUCAGACGCUGAUUUGAAGUCUUUAAUGGAAGAAAUCAGGAGUUAUCAUCUUUGAGGCAAAGAGUGCAUGUAUUGUGUAGGAUUUCGGUUGUUAAGAAAAAAAAGUGCUGCAAUAAUCCAAAUCCAAGAGGUAUUUUUGGAUUUUAAAGGCUAUUAGUGGUGGUUUCUAUAAUUUUUUAAAAGACAUAAUUGGUUUAUGUAAAAAGACAAUAGGUAAGGGGUGUAAAUAUAAUUAUCCCAAAAGUUAAUAAACAAUGUACAAAAAUUAAGAAUUUCA